GCUGUAUUAGUACCGCCCCUCAAUUUCGCAAUGGUCGCACCAGGAGUCUAUCGAUCUGGGCAUCCUAACAAGCACAAUUUUCCAUUCAUGCGCAAACUUGGCUUAAAAGUGAUUGUACAGAUGAGCGAAGAGCCUUAUGCGCCUGAUUUGGAGGAGUUUUUAAAACGAGAAGACAUUCGAAGGAUUCACUACAAGAUUGAGGGUAACAAGGAGCCCUUCAUUGAGAUUGAUGAGGGAGUAAUAAGUAGCGCUCUGGUUAACAUUCUAGAUGCAAGGAAUCAUCCUAUGUUGAUUCAUUGUGCAAAAGGGAAACACCGGAUUGGAUGUUUGAUUGGGUGCCUUCGCAAGAUCCAGAAUUGGUCAAUGACAUCCAUAUUUGAUGAAUACCGACGGUUUGCAGGAAGCAAAGUUCUUGCUGAUCAAGAGUUUAUUGAGAUCUUCUCUGCCAAAGUGCCCUACUUACCUGAACAUAAACCUUUUUGGCUGGACUGAAAAAAAAAAAAAAAAAAAAAAAAACCUGUGACUGUCUAUCCUUUCUGCUGCGCGUUCAUACGCAUUUGGAAAACAUUGCUCAUUUUUCAUUUGUCUCCAUGAGCUGAUCCCUAUUCAUUAAUACCUAACCAACCACACCAUGUCUUUCGCCGGCUACUUCUUCGGAAACGUUGACAAAUCAGGCAAGGUCGAAGACCUACCGGAGGUACAUUUCUAUUCAAAAGAGCGAUUUUUUAGCAACAAUAAACACUUUUUUUGCAAAAUCA